CUUGUAAGUAAGAAUUUCACUGUAAGAUCUACCUGUUGUAUUCGAGGCAUGUGUCAAAUACGAUUUGGUUUGAAAUGCAGCUAUUCUAACAAGCGAGUGGCUUAAUCUGCUCUGCGCCUUUUAUUUAUGUCUGUUUAAAUGAAAUAACUGGACAUGCGGAAAGCAAUAUAGACGAGGACAAGAAGCCACUUUGGACUAUCAGUGUAUUCAUCAUCAUUGAGUAAAUGCGCAGUCAGUCUGAUUUUAUGCUGCACACACGCCACAACAGUCUGGAACUCUGAAAUAGUCCGGCAGUCGUGAGCGGCCGAGAAAUGACGUCAAUCUGGACUUUUCCGAAAAAGAUGUGUGUUCAACAUGAAUAACCCCGUAUACGUUUGAAAGCGUAUAAUUAUAGAACGGCUUUUUUUUGACGGUGACAUUAGCUGCCUGUCCGCAUAUUCAUCCUAUGAAAGUCGUCGCCAAUAGGACAUCUAAAUUAUGGGCUCGAGAAGAUACAUUGUAGAAAAGCGGACUCAGACAACAUUGAGACAUUGAAACAAUAAUUUGGAGUGAGAGAGAGAUGGCGAGUGACGACCAGGUGGCCAUCUUGACGGAUGACGAGGGGUAUCAGAAGAGGAAGUAUGUCCUGGCAGAACCCUUCAACACCUUGUCCAACACCCUGGAGCAGAUACCGGUGGGCGCGGGGCCCACCUCUGCCUCCCAAGGUCCAGAGUCUCCCCCCACAGACAAACCUGACUCACCCUCCUCCAACCCCAGUAAUGACUGCCUGGAGAGGAACUGCGUGCGGAUCGACAACCACCUCCUCAUCUCCAAGGUCUUCUACUUCUUCUUCUAUGCAGCCUAUGGGUCCCUACACCCACUGCUGCCUGUGUACUACAAACAGCUGGGGAUGACUCCCAGUCAGAGCGGCUUGCUGGUCGGGAUCCGGUACUUCAUCGAAUUCUGUAGCGCCCCCUUUUGGGGGGUGGUGGCGGACCGCUUCAAGAAGGGCAAGGUGGUGCUUGUGUUCUCUGUUUUCUGCUGGCUGGUGUUCAACUGCGGAAUCGGCUUCAUCAAGCCUGCCUCCAUAACAUGUGUGGAGAGGAAACCCACAGUCGCACGCCCCACCAGCCCUGCCCACCUCGGUCUGCCGUCCAAUUACAGUAGGGACCGCAGGGGUGUGAUUGGAGACUUGUUUUCCCUCUCUUCGAAUCAACACGGUUUAGCAUCAGACUCAGUUAGGGGCGGUCCCCUGCACAGGUAUGUGAGGAGCGAUGGUGGUAAUGUCACUGGACCCAGCACUGUCACUAGACCUGUGCCUUCCCCCAACAUCACAACAACAACAUCUUCCCCUUCCACCACCCCCACUACAACAGCCAGCUCAAAACCUCCCUCAAAUCUAACCACAACCAAACCAACAACCACAACCAUUCCCAAAGUCUACCACAUGAUCUCCAACCACGACCAGGUGGAAACCAUCUUCCUCCUGAUCCUGCUAGUCAUCAUCAUCGGCGAGUUCUUCAGCGCUCCGGCUGUCACCAUAGUGGACACGCGCACCCUGCAGUACCUGGGCCCCCACCAGGACCGCUACGGCCUGCAGAGGAUGUGGGGCUCCCUGGGCUGGGGCCUGGCCAUGCUCUGCGUAGGCAUCUGGAUCGACCACACCCACAUCAAGCUCUUCAUCCAGGGCACCGGCUGCAUCGUGCCCGACUACAAGAACUAUCAGAUAGCCUUUAUUGUCUUUGGAGUCCUGAUGGCCGUAGCUUUGAUAUUGUCCACACAGUUUUACUUUGAGAGUAGUACCAGUGACCACCGGCCAAUGGAAGCUCAGCUGGAGGAGGAUAAGAGACAGGAGGCAGAGCCUCCUCAAGCGUCCAGUGAUGUUUCAUCUCCCAAAGGGCAUGCGGUGGAAUCGUUAGAACCCCAAAGUGUCGUCAGCCAACCGUUUCGUUAUCAGGACCUCAUUCGGCUGCUGUGUAGCGUGCAGUACGGCUCAGUGCUCUUCGUGGCCUGGUUUAUGGGAUUCGGCUACGGCUUUGUGUUCACGUUCCUCUACUGGCACCUGGAGGACCUGAAAGGGACCACCACGCUAUUUGGAGUGUGCUCGGUGCUGAGCCACAUCUCAGAGCUGGUUGCCUACUUCACCAGCCACAAGCUCAUCGAGCUGGUUGGCCAUAUAAGGGUGCUGUACAUCGGUCUGGCCUGCAACACGGCUCGUUUCCUGUACAUCUCCUACCUGGAGGACGCCUGGAUCGUCCUGCCCAUGGAGGUCCUUCAAGGUGUGACCCAUGCCUCAGUGUGGGCAGCCUGUAUCUCCUACCUCAGUGCUGCAGUGCCUCCAGAGCUGAGGACCUCUGCCCAGGGUAUCCUCCAGGGCCUGCACCUAGGGCUGGGCCGGGGCUGUGGGGCCAUGGUGGGGGGAGGCUUCGUCAGUGUUUUUGGAGCGGCCCACACCUUCAGAGGGAUAGGAAUGGUGUCCCUCGUCAUCCUCCUCCUCUUCGCUCUCAUCCAGUGGCUGGCUGUGCAGAGUGGGAACAAAGAUCCCAUAAUGCUGGCGGAGAACAUCCCAGUCCCCUCCAGCCCUUUUCCCAUAGCGACCAUAGACAUUAUCCAAUCAAAUAAUGGAGCCGCCACAAUGACACCACCGAGGAAGACCAAGCACCAGGAGGAUCAGGAGGAUUUGAGCGAGCCUGCGUGGGUGGUGUCCGCCUCGCCCUGGGUCUCCCUGGCGUUCGCCCUGCACCAGAUCAGAGAGAUGGCUAGCAUUGCCAGGAGU